AUUUUGUCUGGGAAUUAAAACUGGCUUGGUGAUUCUUUUUUUUAAAACAAUGUCAUACAGCCCGCUUUCCACGACUCUCAGAAGAUGUUAUGUUAUGUUGACAUGUAGGUCUGUUAUCGCAACAUAAAAUUAACUUUGAUUCAUUAAUUUCUUUCAUUCAAUAAAAUGUAAUUAUGGCACUUCAAAUGACCGCAUAUGAUACAUUGUCAACGUGCAUUCGCCAUAUUUAUUUCACAAUUCAAAACGCUUAACAUUUUACCCUGAACAUACUGAACAUACUCGGAGUCCCGUGCUCGCCAGUCAGGACUGUUCCGCCUUCAGCGCGCUGCACGAGCUGUCUCUCACACACAAACACACUCGCACAAACAUUCUCGUCGCGUCGGUGAACGGCCACAUCGGUGGGGCUGGGCAACACUACCCGCCAGGACACUUUUUGGUUGUCUCUCAGACAGAGCAAAGCGGAGACGCCGCGCACGCUUCCGUUCAUCAUUUAUUAAAACGGUGCAUCACAAGCAACGAUUUACAUCCGCGAGCACCAAGAGUACAAGCGCGGCAUCACCACUGAGCUGCUGCACUUGAGAGUGUGUAUGUGAGUAUAUAUAAACCAUCAAUGCCUGAGAUUGCGUGUCCAUCGACACUGAAAUGAUUAAUCUCACGGACUAACCGGCUAAAUGCGAAACAGCAUGUUGUCCCUGGUCGUGCUGUGGUGCGUGCUGGCGGGCGCGUCUGCAACGAUCGAAGCCCCUGAGGAGUAUGUGUCCCUGGCCGAGCUGGAGGCUGCCCUGCUGAGGAAUCUCUUCAAAGGCUACCAGAAAUGGGUGCGGCCUGUGCUUCAUGCCAACGACACCAUCACUGUACGCUUUGGCCUCAAGAUCUCACAGCUGGUGGAUGUGGAUGAGAAGAACCAGCUGAUGACUACUAACGUCUGGCUGUGGGAGGAGUGGACUGACUAUAAGCUGCGCUGGAACCCUGAGGACUACGCCGGCAUCACGUCCAUCAGGGUCCCGUCGGAGAGCAUCUGGCUCCCUGAUAUAGUACUGUAUGAGAAUGCGGACGGGCGCUUCGAAGGCUCCCUGAUGACCAAGGCCAUAGUGAGGGCCAACGGCACCAUCAUGUGGACGCCCCCGGCCAGCUACAAGUCCUCCUGCACCAUGGACGUCACCUUCUUCCCCUUCGACCGCCAGAACUGCUCCAUGAAGUUCGGCUCCUGGACCUACGAUGGCAACAUGGUGGACCUGGUGCUGGUGGACCACUAUGUGGACCGCAAGGACUUCUUUGACAACGGCGAGUGGCAGAUCCUGAACGCCACAGGGAUGAAGGGCAGCCGCCGAGACGGCCUCUACUCCUACCCGUUUGUCACCUACUCCUUCAUCCUGAAGAGGCUCCCUCUCUUCUACACGCUCUUCCUCAUCAUCCCCUGCCUGGGCCUGUCCUUCCUCACCGUGCUGGUCUUCUACCUGCCGUCAGACGAGGGCGAGAAGCUCUCGCUCUCCACCUCCGUGCUGGUGUCGCUCACGGUGUUCCUGCUCGUCAUCGAGGAGAUCAUCCCCUCCUCCUCCAAGGUCAUCCCUCUCAUCGGCGAGUACCUGCUCUUCAUCAUGAUCUUCGUCACCUUCUCCAUCAUCGUCACCGUCUUCGUGAUCAACGUGCACCACCGCUCCUCGGCCACCUACCACCCCAUGGCCCCCUGGGUGAAGACCCUGUUCCUGCAGAGGCUGCCCCGCCUGCUGUGCAUGCGCGGACACUCCGACCGCCAGCGCUACCCCGACAUGGAGCUGCGCAGUCCCGAGCUGAAGAGGAAGAAGGGGGGAGCAGGAGCGGGGGCGGGGGCGGGGGCGGGGAAGGAGGAGGAGUGGGUGUCCAUGCUGGAGAAAGCCACUUACUCAGUGCGAUACAUCUCAAGCCACAUCCGCAAGGAGCACUUCAUCAGAGAGGUGGUGCAGGAUUGGAAGUUUGUGGCGCAGGUCCUAGAUCGGAUCUUCCUGUGGACCUUCCUCACCGUAUCUGUGAUGGGUACCAUCCUCAUCUUCACUCCAGCAGUGAAAAUGUACCUUACCACACCUCCGUACUAACACACACACACACACACACACACACACACACACACACACAGACACACUCACACAC